AUUUUGCAAAAUUACAAAAAUGGAAAAUUUCUCUUCAAACAAGAAUAUUUCAAAGACUUCAGAUUCACCGAUCAUGAAGGGGCUCCUUCAGAUAGAACAGAUUUAGCUUGUCAGAGUCCAAACGCCGCCAGGAUAGUAACGAGAUGCUGAAAUAACUACAUUGAUGAGUACUUUGAGCAAUUAGAUCAAGAGAUUAGUGAGGGAUUUGAGCAGUUUGUUCAGGUUUCAGACCCAGAAUCCAGUACUCCUCAAAUUCCUUAUAAGAUCACAGAAAUUGAAGAAAGCUUAUCCCUGCUUGAAGAGGGCAUCUGAGCCCAAGAAGAGGAGCUACGAGAGUAUAUUAAAGAUUAUGAUAAUGGGUUUGAUAAGAUCCUUGAAGUCUCCAAGCUGAGUAAUAGGGAAAGCAAAAUCCUCAAGGAUAGAGUUGCCAAGGAUCUUAAGAAUACAUGUGAUUUUGUAAAAUCUGAAUUUGUUAAGGAGGAGUUUGAAUCAGCACAAAAGUCUCAGCUCAAGCUUCAAGAGAUUUUGUCCCCAAAGAUCAUCACAGACCAAGAGCAGCUUGAUUCUUUAGUUGAAUCCAUAAAAGGAUCUAUUAUGAAAGAAAAAGAAUUAAGAAGAGACUCAGAUGAGAGGAUAGUUACAACUUUAAAUGAGAUGAAAUCAAAGAUGCUCAAAGAAAAAUUGAUUUAAAUUCAAUUUUUUUGC